AUGUCGAUGAAGCGAGCUCCAACACGAUAUGAGGUGCAGGACGGGGCGACAAUACGAACUGGGUCUAGUCAGCAAAUUCGCCGCAGUAUCGCGAAACGGCGGUAUCCAGAACUUGACGUGACACCGCUACCCUACACUUCCACAUCGACGGAGCUGCCGAUCAGCCGACGAAACGUUUCCCCUCGCGUAGAGCUCGAUUGGGCUGCGAUGAGCCACGCCGCUUCGUAUCUGCAGCCGCUUUUGAUUGGGCUAAACCAAUCAGCCUAUGUCACUCCCGCAUAA